UUCUAUCAGUGUGGAAUCGUGAUAAAUCUGACACAGCUUCUACCUUCAUUCUGCCAUAAGAGAGCUUAUUACGAGGUACCUCUGCGUCCACUCGAACGACUUCAUCAAUUGCGUAUAAACACAGAGUUACGAAAAAAGAAGUUAAAUCAUCGUCCAAUUCUCCGACUAAAUUAUACAAUAGGGUUCCUCUAAAAUGGGAUCAUUGUAUAAGGCACAAUGCUCAUUCUGUGGAGGAGUAGUCAGUGGUUGGUUAGAAAAUGACAAUGUGCUUAGUGAAGACACCAAAUAUUGCAGGUGCUGUGGAAAGGUUGCAACAAAAUCACAAACAUGUACGAACAGUUUUAUUGAACAUUCUGUUUCAUAUGAUGCAAGACAACAAUCACAGAAUGCUAACGUUCAACCGCAUAAUAAACAAUUCUUGAAACUUAGUUCACGGAUAUCCACAUUCCAGUCCUGGCCAAAGAACUUAAAGCAGUCACCAGAAGAUUUAGCAUCUUCAGGCCUAUAUUACAAAGGAACUGGAGAUAUAUGUCAAUGUUACAUGUGUGGUGGUAUAUUAACAGACUGGGAGGAUGAAGAUGUCCCAGCGCUUGAACACACAAAAUGGUUUCCAAAAUGUCCACUUGUCCUCAAAGAAUUGUAAUUGAAAAAAAUAAAUCAGCAGA